UCGCGAGGAGGAGCACAGCUGAUGCUAAAGACCAGAGAGCCAGCGAGGCGCACAGCCGGCAAGUUUCUGUUCGCUCCGCUCUGGGAAGAAAUCUAUAUUCUGGGCACCCGUUUAACGGCGGAGAAUGGCUUUCUCGGGAUUGUCUUGUCUUUUUAUCUUAGGAGUGUUGUUCCCAGGGGCAUCGCGGGGGCUGGAUAUCACCUCCACCGGGGGGGCGACCCUCGAGCAAGCCAGCGGCUCCGCGGCGACGCUGGAGUGCAAUUUCACCUUGGACCCCACGGACACCGGGCCCCUGGACAUCGAGUGGAGCUUGCUGGCCUCCGACAACCAGAAAGAGGACAAAGUGAUUAUCCUGUACUCGGGGGACAGGGUUUACAGUGAUUAUUACCAGCCUCUUAAGAAUCGCGUCCACUUUGUGUCUGCGGACCCCAAGACCGGAGAUGCCUCCAUACAGCUCACCGGGCUGCAGUCCUCCGACACUGGCACGUACCAGUGCAAAGUCAAGAAGGCCCCAGGAAUCAAGAGCAGGAAGAUCCUCCUCACAGUCAUGGUGAAGCCAUCCAAGCCGCGGUGCUAUAUCGAGGGCUCGCCCCAGGAGGGGAAGGACGUCACCCUGAAGUGCACGUCGGCGGAGGGCACCAAGCCCCUGCAGUACAACUGGGAGAGGACCAACGAGAACAAGCUGCUGCCCGCCAACGCCGUGCUAGACCGCGUGGGCGGGACCAUGAGCGUGAAGAACGUGUCGGCCAGCGUCUCGGGGACCUACCGCUGUCUCGCGGAGAACCGGGUGGGCAAGGACGACUGCUUCGUCCACCUCAAAGUCGUGCCUCCCCCCAACACCGCCGGCAUCAUCGCGGGGGCGGUGAUAGGAGUCCUCCUGGCGCUCAUCCUCAUCGCCAUCAUCCUCUUCUGCUGCUGCCGCGCGCGAGGCAAGAAGAAGUACGAGAAGGAGACCUCCUAUGAGAUCAGGGAAGACGUGCCCCCUCCCAAGAGCCGCGCCUCCACCGCGCGCAGCUUCACCGCCAUGAGCAGCCAGCGCUCCUCCCUGGGCUCCAUGUCGCCCUCGAACCUGCACGAGUACGCCCUCAAGGGGCAGUACGACCAGAUCCCCACCGAGGAGUACGAGCGGCCGCCCAGCCACGUGCCCAUGCCGCCCCCGGCCAAGGUAGCUGCGCCCAACCUGAGCCGCAUGGGCGCCGUGGCCGUCAUGGUCCCGGCGCAGACCAGGGACGGCUCCAUCGUGUAGCAACCCGCGGGGCGGCCGCGCACCCGGAACCCGCGGCCGGGCGGGUCGGAUGCGGCUAUGCGCGCGCCGGCGCUUCCGAACGCGUCUCAAUACUCUUCACACCAAACGUGUUACCUCCGGAGAAAAGACAACGAUUUGGCUGAAUUUAUGAAAGACUUACAUGCCAUUCGUGCAAUUCUGAACAUCUGGCCGAGCUUUUCUUUUCUGCAAGCAUUUGUCUGUAUAUAAUCACAUGUGAACGGACACGGACAGGAGUGCUUGGACUUAAUCGGGCGCCUGAUCGUCUUAACUCCUCCCCACAUUUUCCACACACCAGUGCACACAAACUCCUUACCUUUUUCAUGAGCUCUUGUUUUGUGAGCAUACCAACAUAUGACGGGUUUUCAUGUUUAACCCAGCUGUUUUUAAAGCCUUCUUUAUGAUCACCCAAUAAGAACGGAGCUUUUUACAAGGGUGCCAGUAGUUUCACUGGAAAUGUUAUAAAUAACUAUAAACUCAAAGUAAGAAGAGAACAUUUUAUCGUCUGUAAUCAAAUGCAGAAUGUUUUUUUUUUAUUUUAUUAAGGCUGCUUCUGUCUUGAAGGUAAUGGGGAAUCUGUCUUGUGUCGUGUUUUAAAAUAUUUAAUUCCACUGACAUAAGGAAGCAUGAUGUGUUGAAGUUCCAAGCUGUAGGAAUGACCACUCACUGGAAAGCAGCCGGAACUUAAUGUUUGCGGUCACAUGAAGUAGGUCUCCGACGACCACAAGUGAAGGCAUUAGGGUUCGUGGGGAGCGGCUGGGCUUCACUCGCUUCACUAACGCUCUGCUUUAAAGACGUUUCUCGUUUUUCUUUGUUUUUUUUUUUACUCGGCCAUUUGUGUUGCCUCUGUCAGGGGCGUGUGCCUCUGCCUCUGCCUCUGCUGUCUUGAGCUGGUUAUUUGUGCUGAACAGGCAGCAGGUGUCUUGACUUUGAACUUGGCCAAUAACCUUUAACAACCACUUCGGGCAGCAGCGGAGGGGUGAAUGUGGUAAAAGGCAGUUCGGCUGAGCUGAAGGGUCCAGGGUUCACUGGGGUUUCUGGCACUUUUGCCGAUGGAAAGGAUGACUCUACUUGUACCCAGAGAGCUGUGGGAGAACAACCACCAUGAAGGGGGGUGUACAGAGCCGUUAUAGUGGUGGUGGGGUCCAUCUCUGCCAUGGAACAUUUCAGCCAAGCAGGACCUCUUUCAUAAAAUAUAUCCCCAAGACAAGGAAGCAAAUCUAGCUAUUUAAACUGUCCAUGCAUCUCUUGUCUUUUACACAAGAUGUAAGGGAAACGGAAUCCUACGUAACGCUAUACAUACAAUUUAAAAACAUUCAUGACUACGUGGAUGUUUUAAUGUUUUUCCUUUGAGGGCCUAAUCUUUCUGAAUGAAAGCGAUCUCCCUCCCUAGAGAGGCUUCCCUACUCAAAAUUGUUUGAUAGACAUCCCGUUAGCCAAGAAAUGUGGCAGGGCAUGUUACUUUUUAACAUUCAGGAUAACUGAAUGGGUAUUAAUUGAUAUGGCGUCUACUGUAGGAGUCAUGGACUGGUCUUCAUAAAGUCGACUUGAGUCCUUAUUAUUUCUAAAUAGGUAUUGGAGCCCCCUCGCCCUUAGUCUCAUCACAGCAAAUGUUUUAUUUUCUAUUUCUUUUCACUUUGAUGUGUACACUGAGCUCUGAAUCAGCACCUCCACUGCACUCUUUGACAGCAAUUUAUAUUCUGUGUCAUAUCAACAGCCAUUCUGGAGUGUACAGAGUCCACAGUCAGAUACAGUAAAAUGGCGCAAUGACAGUGGUCAUCCCAGCGCUACCUGUGCCUUGGUUAUGUGCUUUCCUGUGUGGUACACGGAGAUGAUUCAGCAAUAGCUUCAGUGCCUACUCUUUCCCAGGUCCUCUCUGGCACAUACAGGGGUAUUUAGCCCAUGACAGAUGCCUUUGAAACUGACCAAAACACAAGUGCUGCUCUUCUGACCUGUUCUCUUCUGGUGUUCUGCUUUUUCACACUGGGGAUGUGGUGGCACUGGGCCAACUGGCUGAAACUGUUGGGCUUGACACUGUAACUGCUGCCCACCCCUUUAACUACCUGACUGAAAAUCUCUUUUCUCAAGUCUCUCCCUUUUGAUACAUUAGAAGCCUUUGUUUUCCCCAGUUUUGUACAUAGCUACAAAUGUCAAGCUCUGUUCUUCUGUUGAUUGAUUUGAUUUUUGCAUGCUAUUAAAUUUCCCAUUUGUUAUUGACUGCAAACACAUUUUCUGAUAUUUUUUUUUUGUAAAUGUGUCUGAAAAAUGUGUAUAUUAUUGGUUUAAAGUUGCUCCACAACUGAAUGGUUUUGUGACCAGAUCAGCAAUAAAUUUUAUAAUGUGAAUAGUGUUUGCAAUGCUGUGUUCAGAAGAUUUUUAAAAAUCUUUUUCGGAUAAUUAUUUUUUAACAUUAGAAAAAGGAGGGAAGUCACUGACAUUUAUUGGUUGAAUUCUGCAGUCUGUUCCAGACCAAUAUAAACUGCUGUACAGGGUUUUUUCCAGAUUGCAUGAAAUUGAUAUUCAUGUCUGUGAUUUGAGACCUCUGCUGCCUGUGAUUGUGGAUUUUGCAGUUAGAAUGCCCUUGGGUGGCUUACUGGAUCCUUGUGAGAAGUAUCCAUAAGUUAAAUUAGGGCUAACCCUAAACUAAGGGCUCCACAGCUGGUUUGACGUUGCUUGUUGGUAUGUCUAGACAGUAUUUCUGAAGUGUGGCCACCAGUCAGCCAGGGGUCACAACAGCAAAGUGUAGCAGAACUGAAGAGAGACCCUGAGUCCUUUUCCCACUGCAGCUAAGUCAGGCUCCUGCUAUUGACCUGGUGUGGUCAGACAGCAAAUGCAGAAUCUUGUCAGUGUACCUCCUCUCUCUCUGGUCCAGAGACAUGCAUUAUUUCCCUUUAAAAUGGGUCUGAUUGGUAGUUCAAUGAGCAUGCACCUGCAAAAAUUAAUGUGUAAAAAAAGUGUAGACUUAGAAACUGUAUAGUCCUUUGCUUUUCUAAAAAUUUCAUGGUGGUGUAGUUUAUGCUAGUGUACUAAUAUUGUACUUUUUUGAUGUGCACUUUGUGUAAAUCCACUGCUACUGCUAUUUCUUUCCUUUGUGCAUUUUGUGUAUUUUUAAAUAAAAUCUAUUAAAUGGAAAAUAACACUUCAA